CCUGUUAGCUGGCUCAGACAGUCAUAGACCUGAACAGCCAGAUGCAUCAGAAGGACAAAGAAAUCCAGGCUAACAAAGAGACGAUUGAGGAAUAUAUCCGUACCAUUGGUUCACUGGAAGUAGAGUGCCAAGACUUGAAGAAUAAGCUGCAAGAACUGGAGCGAGCCAAUCAGACCUUGAAAGACGAGUACGACGCCCUACAGAUAACCUUCAACGCUUUGGAAGAAAAACUGCGGAAAACCACAGAGGAUAACCAGGAGCUAGUGAGUCGUUGGAUGGCUGAGAAAGCUCAGGAAGCCAAUCGUCUCAAUGCAGAAAAUGAGAAAGAUACAAAAGAUGAUGAUAUAGAGGUGUUAAAUGAUAAUGCAGAAUCCUCGGGGGAUGCUGCAGCAGCACCACCAAUUGGGCGAACCUCCAG